AUGGAGAGCAUCGAGGCCACCGUGCGCCAAAUGGAGCGCGAGCGUGCACGCCGCCCGCCCGAGUCGUCGCCACGCCUGGAGCCAGCCGAGCCUGCGCGCGCCCCCUCAGACCUGGAGGACGUCGACGCUGCGGCACGUCAGGCGGAGCGCGAGCGCGCGCGCGGCGCGUCUGAGAAGCGACCGGUGGACAUCUUCUCGUUUCCGGGGGGUGCGCCCGCCAACAUCCCGUCGUCGCUGACGAUCACGGCCAUCCCGAGCCGGCAGGAGGAGCGGCGUAGGGAGCGGCGCGACCGCGAGCGCCGCGAGGGCGGCGGCAAGCCGCUGGCCAUGAAGCAGGGCUCGUCCGCCUCGCCGCCGACCAAGAGACACUCCUCGAGCGCCGGCAGUUCGCCGAGCAAGCCGCACGGCUCGUCCGGUGGCAGCAAGUCGUCGAGCCCCGUGCCGGGCAAGUCCAAGUCCUCGUCGUCGUCCUCGCAGUCCCUGUCCGCCAAACACCCGUUUCUCUCGGUCUCGCCGAAGCACGUGUCGUCGCCGAAGCACUCCAGCGUGAGCCCGAAGCACGCGUCGUCGCCGAAGCAGCCGAGCUCGGGCAAGCCGAGCCUGUCAACGCUCCGCUCUCCGUCGCCCUCGCACCAGGCGUUCAGCCGGCCCAGCGGCUCGACGGGCAAGAGUCGUGACAAGAGCAGCAAAGAGAAGCUCAAGUCGCACCGGCCGCGGCCCGAACGCGAACGCACCGCCUCCGCCGAAUCCAAGUCCCCGGGCCGCGCACGCAAGGGCUCGCUCAGCGACGUCAUCAGCAAGCUGAACACGUUGGCGUCGGCAGACGAGGGUGCCGCCAAAGACGCGCCCGGCAAGGACGGCAGGAAGGCAGAGUUCACCGUCAAGCCGUCGCCGGAGGGCAUCAAGCUGACUAUCAAUAAGACCAAGUCGCGCUCGUCCUCGUCGAGCCCGAGCGGCAGCGGCGGCCGCACGCCCGUCGUCAAGGACGGUAGCGAGCGGAACUCGCCGUCCGGCCUCAAGCCGGGCGUCGCUAGCGGGCCCGCCUCCAAGAAGGCCUUCGCCCUGCCCAAACAGGUCGACGCCGACAGCAAGAUGCCGGCCAGUAGCCUCAACAGUCUGCAGAAGAGCCUGUCGGCCAAGCUGCUGAAGCAGCGGCCGGACGGCGCCGGUGGCGUGCGCGUCAAGCCGGAGAAGCCUAAGUCGGACAAGUCGGCGGCCGAGCUGGCGAUUCAUAUCGUCAAGAGCCCGGCGCCGGCGGCCUCGCCGCACCAGUUCUCGCUCGUCUCGCCGCACUCGACAGCCAGCCAGCACUCGCCGUGCGUCAUCGACGACGAGCUGAUGGACGAGGCGCUGCUCGGCCUCGGCAAGUAG